AGCGCACCGGAUAGCGCAUCAUAAAAGAUGGGCGACACGAAAGACGGUCCUUGGAAAGACCCUUUCGUGCAAUCGGCCCCUUGCUUAUAUAUAUGUAGUCUAGUUCUAGACGAUAUUAAACGAAUCUAUUUGCACCGAGUGUGAGCGCAAAACCGAGAACCUGUACUCCGAGAAAAUAUUUUCUAGGACUAGACUAAUAUAUAUGCAGCUAGCGCAGCACGCUAGCUAUAGCUAACGCUGCGUUGUGAGACCGACUGGAGUCGAGUGUGAAUGACUGUCUCGAGCCUCGAGGAGAGCCAGGUCUAACUUUUACCGGUUUUUGUAUUUUUUGCGUACCGGUAGAUUUGCUGAAGAUUGGUAUCCUGUCCCUGGUGUGGUUGUGCUCAAUUUUCUAGACUUCAUAGUCAAUAAUAGGUAUCAGAUGGCGGCAGUGUGGAGAGCAUAUCUAGGAGUACUUAAUAAGUAUCCCUUUCGGACGCAAGCAGUAACAUCGGGUGUCCUAUUUUUCACCUCAGACUGUAUAUCACAGCAGGCAAUUGAAAGGAUAGGAUGGAAAGAUCACGACAAAGCAAGGACUAUGAGGCAAACUCUUUUUGGCUUGUGCUUUGCUGGUCCGGCUUUGUUUGCUUGGUAUAAAACUCUAAACAGACUGUUUCCAGGUUCCGGAAAGUUUACACCAUUAUGGAAGGUGAUAACUGAUCAGACUCUAUUUGGACCAAACUUUCUCAUGAUUUAUUUCUCAACUGUUGCAUUAACGACGGGGAAGAAGCUCGAAGAACUCCCUGCCAUUUUAAAACGGGAUAUACCAAGCACCUUUAUGAAGGGACUCAUGAUCUGGCCAGCAGUACAACUAGUCAACUUUUACUAUGUUCCACUUCUACACAGAGUUCUGGUUGUCAAUGUGGUCUCAGUGAUGUGGAAUACCUAUUUAAGCUGGAAAGCGAAUGCCAAGAGAAGUAUAGACAAGACACCAAUCUCUUAAUAAUUACCAUAGACCUAUCUGCACCUACUCUAAUGCUGCAUGGUGAUGAAAUACGAUAUAAAUGUACUACCAAUAUGUACUGAUAUAUGCCAUGUUUCAGGGUUGAGGGUUUUAAGGAGCCUUGUAAAAAUGCAGAACCUCGUUUUUCCGGCAGGAAUGCUGCAGGUGGAUUCUCAGUACAUAUCUUCACUUAUAACUUCACAUUUCAUGAUGGACAAUAAUAGAAAAUGCUGGAAAGCUGCAAUGGAAAGAUGUAUUGCACUUUAAUUACAUAAUUCCUGCGAAUGAUACAACACAGACUUUUGACUAAUUGCCUGUUCCUGCACUCAGAUUUGGAAAGGGCAGUGGUGUGGUGCCCCAAUUAUACAUGUGUCAUCUCCAUUGAUGAAGAGAGUUAUCACUUUUUGUUGUCCUGUAUUGUACAAUGGGACCAUACACAAAGUAAUAGUAUUUUAGGUGUACUACGAGACUUUUUAGUAAAUAUUUUGUCAUUUUACAAGUUCUUGAAUUAUUGUCAUGUCAUGGUCUAGUGGUACUGACUCUCGCCUUUCAAACAGAGGGUCGUGGGUUUGAAUCCUAGCCAUGUCGUGUUUUCCUUCAGCAAGAAAUUUUAUCUACACUGUGCUGCACUUGACCCAGGUGUGGUGAAUGGGUACCUGGCAGGAUGAAUUCCUUGAAUGCACGAGCGCUGAAAGGCAGCUCAAGCUAAAGUCGGGGUAAUAAUAAUGAUAACAAUGUGCCUCGCAAUAGAUUGUUUCUAGAUAAAUGGCGCUGUACAAAUGCCUAUUUUUAUAAUUAUUAUUGAUUCUUCAUGUAUUAACGGUAAAUGGCAAUUAUGAUAUUUUGGUUAUCAUCUCUGUUGAAAUCUAUGUUACUAAUCCUGACAAUUAUAUGUACAUGUAAAUCACCAUGAGCAACAGAGAAAAGAAUACACUGGGCAAUUGCCCCCUAAAAUGCUCAAACGAGCCCCGGAAACUCCCCAUUGACUGCAGUGUUAAUGUAUAUCCAAUGUUCUAGAUUUGGUUAGUAGUUUCUGCAAAGUAGUCCAUUAGUCCCAGAAAAUCAAAGAAAAAAAUUAAUCAAAAGAGAAAAAAAGGGGGGUGAUUAAAAAAGUCCCAUGUACUGUACAUGUAUGUAGUAUUAAACGGAAUGCUGAAUUUGAAUGAUUUUUAUAGACAUACAGCAUUGGAUAUUUUUGUACAAGAACAUUCCUUGUAUAAUACAAAAUCAGCAAAUAUGCAAAUUUGAGGCUUACAAUUUAUGUGUACAUGAACAUGUAAUGAGUGAUGUGUGUGAAAUGAGUUUGUGUACUACUAUUCACUGGUAAAUGUUAUGUACAUGUAUAUAAGUUUAUUCUGAUCACAUAUUUUACAUGACUUGCAUGCAUGUAUGGUUUUAUACCUGCCGAGGUUAUGAUGGUGUUCACAUUGUAAAUUCAUAUUUUUAUAUCACCUCUUGUAUUACUCAUAUCAUCAUUAAGAUCUUAUUAAUGGUUUUUAUUUCAAACAUGUUUUAUUUUUAAUUGUGCAAUGAACAUAAUAUUUUUGAUAUUUAUUAAUAUGUAUCAUACUAAAAAGCCUUCUUAACAAUGUUUCUAAUAAUUUGUUAGGAUACUACAAAGCUCCAAUAGUUAUCAAAUAUUAAAAAAAAAAUAAUAAUGAGAAACGCUUUUGCUUGGUAAUCAUGAAUUUUACCCAACUGACCCCCUUGCUGUAAAUUUUGACAGAAACAGGCAUCAUGUCUCACUUUACUGCACAGGGUAAUUACAGCAGAUAUGCUAUUCUUCAGGCUUUGUAUUAUACAUCACAUGUGGGGCUUAACCCCAUUUUAACUGAGCUAUUUUAGACUUUCAGACCUCAGCCACCGAGAUCUAAAGACUGGAGUAAAAUUUUCAACAAAAAAAAUACAGAUUGUAUUUAUCUUAUUUAAAUUGAUUUAAAUAACUGGUGAGACAUUCUUCUUGUUCAUGUACUGAUCAUUCUGCUCAGUGUUAUACAUGUGUACAUGUAUCUAUAAUAAAAUAAGAAAUGUGAUAUUUUAGGUUUUUGAAAAUUAUUUUAUGAUAUACGAUUUUUUCUCCAAAAAAAAUCUUGCCUAAUUCUUAUGCUAGUCUUUAUACUGAAGUAUUCAUCAAUCACAGCUAUGGAAAAUGAUGGGUUUUUUGCUUUUUGCAUUAAAUGUGUUUCAAGCCAUCUAAAACCAUGUUUGAAGGUUGUCUUGUCACUGCUCACAUUGGUCCAAACAUGAGUUUGAUUUAAACUCUGGUCAAAUUGUUUUGUUUAAUUGUGGGUAGCCAAUUAUGACAUAUAAAACAAUUGACAAAUCUUUAACCCUAAAAAUUUGAUUUGUCAGCAAUUUUGGUGCUCAAUUCACUCUGGGAAUAAUACAUAAUUUUUUUUUUUCCAAACAUGGAGAAAGAAACCUAAAAAUCAUUUAGCAGAUUUAGACCUUGGCCAGAGUUAAACAGACUUCAGAAUACGGCUAUUAUCUCUCAAAACUUAAUAUCCUCAUUUAUCUAGACAGCAAGACAGCAACCUUUAUCUCAAUUUUUUGUCAUGUCUUGAGGAUACGAGUCAGUUUUGUAAAAUGUCCGAAAAAGGGAAGAAAAAAUUUCAUGAUAUAUGGCAAGAGACUGCUACUCCACCUCACACAAAGGUGACUAGUAUACAUUCUAUUACUGAUCUGUGCUUGAAUGCAAGGAGAUUAAUAGCAGAACAAUCAAUAUACUGCUGGUGGGUGUUUCAUAAAGCUGUUCGUAAGUUAAGAGCGACUUUAAGAACGACUGGUGAUCCUUUCUUGUGGUAAAUGGUAUAUUCAUUGGCGAUUUGGUUAAGUGCGUAAGAAAGGUUCACCAGUUGUUCUUAAAGUCACUCUUAACUUACGAACAGCUUUAUGAAACACCCUCCUGGUCGAUAGGCUAGAAAAGUCUGAAAAGUGGCAUCGCUGCAUUCAGGCGCAUUUCAUGAACAUUUUUGUCAGACGAGAUGUCAGACCUGACAACUUUCCUUGAUUUUGAUUGGUUUUGAGAAGCAAUGUUACUAUGGAGACAGUCGGACGAAUCAGGAUUUUUCGGAUAAAGCGUCCGACAAGUCCUUUCAUGAAACACUCCUCGGGCCCGUUUCAUACAGGCCUUGGGUUUAUGGGAACUUAUGGUAACAGGGCUCAGAAGCUGACCAGAAUCAAGGUUUCCAUGGUCUGGCAAAGUUACCAUCACCAAUCAAUGUGAAAAUUUGUAUUUUUGAUUGAAAUCAGCGUGUAGAAAAUAAAGUGUGAAACUAUAAGUAGAUCUGAAUGUAGGAUCUGUAUAACUUCUUACUGCAAAAAAGCAAAUAAAUCAUGUUUCAUUAGGGCAAAAAAAAAAGUCAACCAACGAAAUGAAUUUGUUAUAACUAGGGUAUGUUAUUAUGUGGUUAUUAUUAACAAAUUUUUUCAGCUUCCAGUACCUCAAACUGCCAUGUAUUCCACUUUAUAUGCACAACAAAUGUCCACAUCUUAUGUCUGCGAAGGAGAAUCGUUAUUAAGCCAAAGUAUGAUCCUUUAUAAUUCAUUUGUACAUGGUCACUGGAAUUUAAUAUUGGGAGAAUGGAUGCCAAGUUAACAUGGAAUAUUGAUAUUGUGAUGAAUGAUGAUGAUUCUUCUACAUGUUUAUGAAAAUAAAAACAUUUUCAUACUUA